UUAAAUCAAAGGAAGGCUGCUGCAGUCUUCCACGGCAAGGCAUUUCCCCGUCAGAUUUUUGAAGAGUCUUUUCUCUCCCUUUUCCUCUCCCCAGGUUUCAGGACCUUCUCCCUCGCCUUGACAUGGGACUCUUCCUUCUGUUAGCCUUCACCUUCUGCUACUGCCAUGCCAGCCCUCUCCAAGGCCAGAAUGUAGACUGCGAUGAUCCUGGUGUCUUUAAUGCGGUGGAUGUAGCGCUGAAGGAAUUGAAUCGAGAAAUAGCGGAAGUAAAUGGUGGAAAUAAAGGACACAAAUAUGCACUCAGUAUAGUCCUUGAUGCCAGCAAAACACCAGGCCCGGGCCAAAAUUACGUUGUGAGAUAUCAGCUAAAGAGAACCUCUUGCGUUGCUAGAGAUCCGACUCCCUGGCAAAACUGCGAGUUCAAGCCCAUAUGGGAGGGAGACUUUGGCGAGUGUGAAGCUGAAGUUCACAUCGACGAAUCCGGCGAACGUUCCAACGUUUUGCAGAAAUGCGCUAACGUUACUGUCCCAGUGAUGGUGAUCACGGAGCAAGCCGGAUGCCUAGGUUGCUGGCAAUCCAUAUCCACCAAGACUUUGGAGCUGCUGCCCAUUGUGAGACACGCCAUACAGCUACAUAACAACCAGAGCGGAAUGUCAAACCUUUUUGAAGCUGGAGAGAUAGUGAAAGCCCAGCGUCAGGUGGUGGCUGGAUGGAAGUAUAAUUUGGAGUAUCUGGCCAGAGAGACAAAUUGUUCCAAGGAUGACUUUACAGAUUUGAAUUCAGAAUGCAAAGCUCUUCCUCAAGGCCACAUAGCUAGCUGUGUAGUUGAUGCCUUUGUGGACUUGAAUGGGGAGCUUGUGCGUGUUGAUCAGAAGUGCAUACUUCGAGAAAAGAAAAACUUUCCUGGCGCUGCUUGUCCUGGUUGCCCUCAACGUAUUCCAACAGACAGCCCAGAACUAAAGGGGCCGCUGGCAGCUGCCUUGGAGAAAUACAACUUGCAAUGCGGUGGCAAUUUCUAUUACAAAAUUGAAAACAUUACAGAAGCUUCAAGCCAGGUUGUGGCUGGAAUAAUAUACCGAGUUCACUUUCAAAUUAAGGAGACAAAUUGCUCUAAGCACAUUGUCCCGAAAUUGAGUGAUGAUUGUCAGACUACAGAAGACAAUAAACUGUUGUACUGCUAUGCAUCUAUUUACGAGAGACCCUGGACGUCAGAAAUCCAACCCAAAUUGAAAUGUGGUGAGCAACCUCAGGAGGAAACAGAAGGAAACCAGCCCUUGAAGAAACCAGACAUGAUGCAGCUUAUGAGGAGACCUCCAGGUUACACCCCAUUCCGGACUCCAGGUCUAGCCCUCAUCACAGGAGCAAAAGGAGAUGAACCAAGUGGGGCUUGUAUCCUAGACUUUGGCAGCAAUCAUGGCAGCAGCCACAAACAUGGCCACAGCCACAAACAUGACCACAAAAAGCCAAAAAACAAGCUGAAAAACAAGUCUUCUGAAGAAUCUGAUGAAGACAAAACUACACCUAUACUAGCUGCUGAAAUCCCAGAACAGGUGCCUAAUUUAGACGUGCUUCAACAAGAGGAAGUUGAGACACCACAAGACAGCAAUGGAGCUCCACCUUCUUUGUUCGAACCUUUACCGGAUCUGCCAGAACCACCAGCUCCUAAGUGCCCAGGGACACCGUGGAAACCCAUUAUAGCCCUUCAGGAACCUAGUCGUGACUUCACACUCGAAGAUCUUUUACCUCCCUCUGUGGACACCGCUGAACCGAUCGAAACAACACCAGCUCCCAGCCAGUCAAUCUCCCUCGAUUUUGAUCUUACAGACGCUCUGUAACCAGUUUAUUAUUUCUUCAGGAAGUCAUGAAAUCCCACAGCAGUUGAGGUGGGAAAGUGACUGGGAUUUUAAGGCUGCAUGCAAACAUAACACUGAAACAGGAGUUGCGGCAAAUUGUUUCCCCCACGCGGCAAACCUGGCCUCCCCCCUUUUGCAAUGCAAUUGGCAGGUGUGCAACCCUGAAAUUUAAACGUUGAGUCGGCAACCUUGCCA